CAGCCGGCUGCCCUCGUGGAUGCCUCCCGGCGGCGGCGGGCCCAUGAAAGACUGCGAGUACAGUCAGAUCAGCACCCACAGCUCCUCCCCCAUGGAGUCGCCCCACAAGAAGAAGAAGACCGAGGCCCGGAGAAAAUGGGAGGUUUUCCCAGGAAGAAACAAGUUCUUCUGCAACGGGCGGAUCAUGACGGCCCGGCAGACGGGCGUCUUCUACCUGACCCUCAUCCUCAUCCUGGUCACUAGCGGACUCUUCUUCGCCUUCGACUGCCCGUACCUGGCCGUGAACAUCACCCCUGCCAUCCCCGUGGUCGGAGGCGUCCUGUUCUUCUUCGUGAUGGGCACCCUGCUGCGCACCAGCUUCAGUGACCCCGGAGUCCUGCCACGGGCCACACCCGAUGAAGCCGCCGACCUGGAAAGGCAAAUAGGUAACCCUGAAGACAUCGCUAACGGCACCAGUUCAGGGGGGUACCGCCCACCUCCCAGAACCAAAGAAGUCAUCAUCAAUGGCCAGACCGUGAAACUUAAAUAUUGUUUCACCUGCAAGAUUUUCCGGCCUCCUCGCACCUCUCACUGCAGCCUUUGUGAUAACUGCGUAGAACGUUUUGAUCACCACUGUCCCUGGGUAGGCAACUGUGUGGGGAAAAGAAACUACAGAUUUUUUUAUAUGUUUAUUUUAUCUCUGUCUUUCCUGACAGUCUUUAUAUUUGCACUCGUUAUCACCCACGUCAUUCUUCGUUCACAACAAACAGGAUUCCUAAAUGCCCUUAAGGACAGUCCUGCGAGUGUGCUGGAGGCCGUGGUGUGCUUCUUCUCCGUCUGGUCAAUCGUGGGCCUCUCGGGUUUCCACACCUACCUGAUCAGCUCCAACCAGACGACGAACGAGGAUAUUAAAGGAUCUUGGUCGAACAAAAGAGGGAAAGAAAACUACAAUCCCUACAGCUACGGAAACAUCUUCACAAAUUGCUGUGUUGCCCUGUGUGGGCCCAUCUCUCCAAGCCUCAUCGACAGAAGAGGGUACAUCCAGCCUGACACCCCGCAGCCAGCUCCGCCCGCCGGUGGGAUGGCCGCCUGCGGUGCCACGCAGUCGCAGAGUAACAUGUGUGACCAAGACCAGUGCAUUCAGAGCACCAAAUUCGUUUUGCAGGCGGCAGCCACCCCCCUGCUGCAGAGCGAGCCCAGCCUCACCAGCGACGAGCUGCACCCGCCGGGAAAGUCGGGCCUGGGCACGCCCUGCACCAGCCUGACGCUUGGGCAGCCCACGCCGCCCUCCUCCAUGCCCAACCUCGCCACGGAGGCCACGCUCACAGACAUACUGCCCCUGAAGGAGGAGCCCAUGGGCCACCAGUUCCUGACCCCAGAGGAAGCGCCCUCGCCGCCCAGGAUGCUGGGGGGCAGCCCGCUGGCCCCCAGCCGCACCAUGCACCUGCUGGGCCUGGCCAGCCAGGACUCCCUGCACGAGGACUCGGUGCGAGGCCUGGUGAAACUCAGCUCCGUGUGACCACGGCCCGGCCCGGGGACAGGAGGCCGGGGUGGGCCCCGGGGACGCUUUCCCCUGACCCAAGGCCACGGAGACUCCAGGUCCUGGGGCCCACAGGCCACGUAAAGGCGGGACCCACCUGGUGGCUGAGCCAGACGCAACUGCUCACAGCUGGCUUUUGCUUGGCUUCUCCCUCCUGCCCAGCUGCUGAGAUGACAGAGAGAGGGGCCAUCUGCAGGUGUUGGGAUGAAAAGGGGGGCACCUGGAGAGGGAGGGGGUGGAGGCGGGAGGAAGGGCCGCGGGCUGGAGGUCCCGCUCGGGGCCGCUUGCUGCGGUGGAGACAGACAUAGAAGGCACCAAGCCUGUGGCCGGACCGAAGUCGCACUGCAGGGCCGUGCUGCUGAUAUGGGACAUAGACCUGCCGCUCCGUCUCUUCACGUAAAACACACACACACCUGGAGAACAAGACGGGCUCGCACACCACCUCCGCUCCCGCCACGCGGUGAUGGGGCUCGGGAGGACGUGCUGCUUUUUUCUUUUCCUUUCUCUCUCUCUCUCUUUUUUAUUUUGUGAAUUCUCAAUUGCUGUUUGUGGGGAGACGAACGAAGGUGGCAGGACAGCGCCCUCCCUUGCCAGCUCACUCAGCUUCCUUGUCCACGGGCUGAUGGCGCCAGCAAGGGGGUGCGGGUGGGGUCCUGCCCAAGUCGGGGAGCCCCCGCGUAGGCCGACAUCACGCUGUACUCACCUCCACGUCCUGUGUGGCCAGUUCCCGUGGACCGCCAAUAAAAUGACGUCCUCUGUGGUUUGGCA